AUGACUUCAUUUUGUUUGAUCCAACCAGGAGUAUUGACUGUUGGUACUUAUACUGGAUUUGCACCUGUUUCUUGGAGCGAUGAUGAUGGUACUGCACAUGGCAGAGAUAUCGAUUUGUUAAAAGAGUUCGCUGCUCAAUGGAAUCUGAACAUUAUUUUUCAUUUCUUUCCAUUCGAUCAAAUUUGGAAGCGACCUAGUAAUAAUGAAAUUGAUAUUGCAGCAGCCGGCAUUGCACCGUUGAAGUCGCGUCAAACAACAGGUGUGGUGUGGAGUGAACCAUAUUAUACUGUGCAGCGUUCAUUACUUAUUCGUGCUGUGGACUGUGAACGAUUUAAAACGAUGGCUGAUUUUACUGAUAAAACAAUCUUGGUAACAAAUGGUUCUACUGCACAACUUGACGCAGAACAAAGAAAGCCACCAAGUACAUCUAUCAUUUAUUAUGAUGGUAAUCAAGCUGAAAUGGUUCGGCAAUUACUGGACGGAACGGUAGAUGCUCUUGCUGAAGGUGAUAUUUGCAGCCGUUAUUUAGCAGCGAUACGUUAUCCAGGUCAGGUUGCAGUCGCUGAUGUACAUGCUAUGAAAGAACCUGAAGAAUUUGUCUUUGCCGUACGAGAAGCAAGUGGUGAUCUGCUUGAUGCUCUGAAUAAUUUCAUUCACGAGUAUCGUAAGGAUUAUUAA